AGCCGCAUGACACGAAGAUACACACCAUCUAUUCGGCCCAGAAACAAAAUCCCCCAAUCUAUUUAACUCUCCCAGCACUUUCUAGACAUCCAAACACUUCUCUCUCCCUCUCUCUAAAAGCACUCUACAUCGAAGAAGAAAGGAAAAUAAUUUAUUUUUGAAAUUCUAAAAUAGAGAUGUCAACGUCAGGGCAACCUCAAUUCCGAUACACGCAAACACCAUCGAAGGUAUUGCAUUUGAGAAAUCUACCAUGGGAAUGCACAGAGGAAGAGCUAAUCGAGCUCUGUAAACCCUUCGGAAAGAUCGUUAACACUAAGUGUAACGUUGGCGCUAAUCGCAAUCAAGCUUUUGUGGAAUUCGCAGACUUAAAUCAGGCAAUUCAAAUGGUUUCAUACUAUGCAUCAUCGUCCGAGCCUGCACAAGUUCGUGGUAAGACAGUGUACAUUCAGUACUCAAAUAGACAUGAAAUUGUCAACAACAAGAGUCCAGGUGAUGUUCCUGGAAAUGUAUUGCUGGUCACAAUUGAAGGUGUUGAAGCGGGUGAUGUUAGCAUCGAUGUCAUUCACUUGGUAUUCUCUGCUUUUGGCUUUGUUCACAAGAUAGCUACUUUUGAAAAGGCUGCUGGUUUCCAGGCACUUAUCCAAUUCACUGAUGCGGAGACUGCAUCUUCUGCAAGGAAUGCCUUGGAUGGGAGAAGCAUACCAAAGUAUUUGCUUCCUGAUCAUGUUGGCUCCUGUCAUCUGCGCAUUUCAUAUUCUGCACACACCGAUCUUAAUAUCAAGUUCCAGUCUCAUAGGAGCAGGGACUACACAAAUCCUUAUCUGCCUGUGAAUCCUACGGCAAUUGAGGGACCUGUACAGCCUGCUGUAGGUCCUGAUGGAAAGAAGAAAGAACCUGAGAGUAAUGUACUUCUUGCAUCAAUAGAGAAUAUGCAGUAUGCUGUAACAGUUGAUGUUAUCCACACGGUAUUUUCUGCAUUUGGUACUGUCCAGAAGAUUGCUAUAUUUGAGAAGAAUGGUGGAACACAGGCAUUAGUUCAAUAUCCUGAUGUUGCGACUGCAGCAGUAGCCAAGGAAACUUUAGAAGGACACUGCAUUUAUGAUGGUGGCUAUUGUAAGCUUCAUCUAUCAUACUCUCGUCAUACUGAUCUCAAUGUAAAGGCUUACAGCGAUAAAAGUAGAGAUUAUACCAUACCAGAUGCAAGUUUGCUUGCAGCAGGACAGGUUCCUGGGGUCCCUACUGCUCCAACCAUGUGGCAGAAUCCACAGGCUUCUCCAAUGUACCCUGUUAACAGCUACGCCUCUGCAGCUGCUGUCACUGCACAAGUUCCUGCUGGACAAGUGCCUGCUUGGAAUCCAUCUAUGGAGGCAGGCGGACCAGCCUACCCAUCAGUUCCUCCAGGCACAUUUCCAGGUCAAUCAUAUCCAGCACCUCCACCCACGUAUGUCUCCGCAGCAAUGCCUGUUGGAUCCUCUCCGCUUACACAAGGUAGCCCAAUGUCCCCUGGGGUGGGGACAAUGCCUAUGACUCACCCUGGGGUUCAAUCAAAUUUGCGACCUGGUGGUGCUUCACCUCCAGGUCAGCCUCCUUUUUAUGGCCGAUGAUGUUGUAUGUUCCUCUUUAAACUGCUUUUGUUGCUUCUUGAAGCAUUUGUUUGUGGUAAAGAUAUGACGUAUCUUCUGAAAUGAUGUGAGUUCACAGAUGUUGUGAGGCUAUAACAUUAAUUAGAAUUUGGGGAAAAAAAAAAAUCAUCUUUGCCUUUUUGGUUAA